CUUCAGUUGACUAUAGACGGGCUUCGAGUUACGUCGCGUUGGAGAAUACAGAAAGAAUCAGAUUCAGUUGCAAUAUGUUUUCCCUCAUUGUGCUGGCGGGCACCCUCUUGGCGUUGGGUUGGUUCUAUUUGAAGCACCAUUACCAGUACUGGGAGCGGCGCGGAUUUCCCUUUGAUAGGCAUUCCACUAUACCAUUCGGAUGUCUGGACAGUGUCUGGCGGCGGGAGAAGGGCAUGGGCAUGGCCAUCUACGAUGCAUAUCAGAAGAGCAAGGAACGCUUUCUGGGCAUUUACUUGCUCUUCCGUCCGGCUGUUUUAGUGCGCGAUGCGGCCCUGGCACGACGCGUGCUGGCUCAGGAUUUCGCCAGCUUCCAUGAUCGGGGCGUGUAUGUCGAUGAAGUCAACGAUCCGUUGUCCGGCUCGAUAUUUGCCCUACGUGGCCAGAGCUGGCGUUCAAUGCGCCACAAGCUGUCCCCCUGCUUUACGUCCGGCAAGCUCAAGGGAAUGUUCAGCACCUCCGAGGAGAUCGCCAACAAUAUGGUCAACCAUUUGCAGAAGACUCUACCGGAACAGGGCUCCCAGGAGGUGGAUCUGAAGACUGUGAUGCAAACCUAUGCCAUCGACAUAAUUGCGUCGACCAUCUUUGGCCUGGAAAUGAACAGCUACCUGACACCGGACAACAAGUUCCGGAACCUGGUGACAAUCGCACGCCGCAACACUCGCUUCACGACUAUGUUUGGAAUGAUGAUAUUCCUAGUGCCAUCUGUGGCAAAGUUCCUAUUCUCGUUGGGAUUCAAGAACCAGGUGGCCCUGGCAAUGCUGGAAAUUGUCAAGGAGACCAUCGAGUACCGCGAAAAGCAUGGUAUUGUGCGCAAGGACUUGCUCCAGCUGCUCAUGGAGCUGAGGAAUACGGGUGCAGUGGACGAGAGCGAUGAGAACAUAUGGAAAAUACAAAAGUCCGCUACCGACCAAAUCAAGUGCAUUUCCUUGGAGUCCAUCACGGCUCAGGCUUUCAUAUUCUACAUUGCCGGGCAGGAGACUACCGGAUCCACGGCUGCCUUCGUUCUGUUCGAGCUGGCCCAGUAUCCGGAACUGCUGGAGCGCCUGCAGACCGAGGUGGACGAGACACUGGCCAAGAACGAUGGACACAUCACCUACGACGCGCUGCAAAAGAUGGAGUUCCUUGAUCUGUGCGUGCAGGAGUCGCUGCGCAAGUAUCCGGGCCUUCCAAUGCUGAAUCGCGAAUGCACCCAAGACUACACCGUACCGGACACCGAUCAUGUCAUCCCGAAGGGCACUCCGGUGGUCAUCUCUCUCUAUGGCAUACAUCACGACGCCGAAUACUUCCCGGAGCCCGAAACGUACGAUCCCGAUCGCUACUCGGAGGAGAAUCGCAACUUCAGUCCCACGGCCUUCAUGCCCUUCGGCGAAGGACCCAGGAUCUGCAUAGCCCAGCGCAUGGGACUCCUGAAUGCCAAGCUGGCCAUUAUCAAUGUCCUCAAGAACUUCAACGUCGAAGUGAUGAGCAAACGUCAGCUCGAGUUCGAGAACAGCGGCAUUGCCCUUCUGCCCAAGAAUGGGGUCAAGGUGCGUCUGUCCAAGAGACUGCCCAAGUGAACAAAAAAUAUGCAUAAUUAUGAAAUUCUACACCAAUGCCAGUGCGCCAGUCUAUCGAUUUGCUUUGAUUAUUCAGAUUAAGAUAGCAGUGAAAUGAUUAAGUGGUCUUAUCAUUAUCAACGGUUCUGGUUCCCAAAGCGACUACCGAUAAGCAUUAUCAAACAAAAA